AUAUUAUGAUGGGACGUAAAAAGAAGUGAGAAACUGAAGUAAAAAAAAAAAAGAAGUGAGAAACUACAAUAUGAAUAAUCAAAUCCAACUUGUUGCUUCUGACUUGUGAGUUGUGACUGAACAUAAACUCUUCUUCUCUUUCUCUGCCUCUCUCUUUCUUCUCUCUCUCUCAGGCACACGAUCCACACACACACACAAAGACUCAAAACAAAGUCAAGAACCCUAAUAUCUUAAGAACGUCCUGACAUAACCAUAGGAUCAAAGAUGGAGGGAGAAACCGCAGCCAAAGCAGCGGCAAGUUCCUCCUCAUCCCCGAGCCGGUACGAGUCUCAAAAGAGGCGAGACUGGAACACUUUCCUUCAGUAUCUAAGGAACCACAAGCCACCUCUGAAUCUGUCUCGUUGUAGUGGCGCACACGUCCUUGAGUUCCUUAAGUACCUCGACCAGUUUGGUAAGACCAAAGUCCAUGCCACGGCUUGUCCCUUCUUCGGACAACCUAACCCACCGUCUCAGUGCACUUGCCCUCUCAAGCAAGCUUGGGGAAGUCUCGAUGCUCUCAUCGGCCGUCUAAGGGCUGCUUUCGAGGAAAUCGGCGGUGGUCUUCCUGAGUCAAACCCUUUCGCUGCCAAGGCUGUUAGGAUCUAUCUUAAAGAAGUCCGUCAAACACAGGCUAAGGCUCGAGGGAUUCCUUACGACAAGAAGAAAAGAAAACGUCCGCAUACAGACACGGCAACUCCAAUCGCCGGUGACGGAGACGAUGCCGAAGGAAGUGGUGGUGCUGCUUUGGUCGUUACGGCUGCAACUACGGUAUAGUGGAGACGAUCCAGCUACUAGCUAGAUGCUAAAAUCUUAAAAGAAUUACGGUAUAGUAAUUCUUGAGUUCUUUACUUUUUUUAUAAAUUAUAUAUUUCGUUUAGUUAAUUAUUUGAGAUGUAAAUUGCAAUUUAUAUAGAUGGAAAAGACGAUCACCGAUUAUUAGUAAAAUGAGAUCUUAUUUAUAUUUCAUUUAUUAUCUUUCACCGUGAUUGAUAGAUAGAUCAGUACGAAAGUGUGUAAUGGUGAUGUGUGGACGUGCGAAGUCUCGGGUCUAACGUGAGUCGUGAUUUCUCUGAAAAGUCAUAAAUCUUCAGGUGCUUUCUUUUAAAAGCUUUAGGAAUGAUGAUCAUCAUCUUCUUACUUUCACUUUAUUUUCAUGUUCUUCUUUACAAAUCCAACCUCUAAAAAAAAGAUUUAGUUCUUGUUUUGAUUUAGGAUACUAUUUACAUUUGGUACACCUAGAAAUGUGG